AGGCGGCCGGGGUUAGCCGCCGCAGCCCGGCCGGAGCGGGCGGGUCCAGGCUCCGCCCCGCGUCCUCCCAGCCCGGGCACCCGCAGCGCCGCAUCGGAACCCCGGGAUCUGGAGCUCAGACUUGUAAACCUAGCAGACAGUUUUGCAUUCCAGUACCAAUGGUGAGAAGAUGAACUGCUGCGUUUUGGACAAGCUGAAGUUUGGAAUGCUGGGACAUAAAGAACCCAUUAAGAAGGAAAUUACAAUAGUUAAGAGGAGAUGAAGAGCUGUGAAAAGUAUCUGCAGUAGGAUGGAAGCCUCAGUAAUAUUACCCAUUCUGAAGAAAAAAUUGGCUUUUCUUUCAGGAGGGAAGGACAGAAGAAGUGGCCUCAUUCUGACAAUUCCAUUAUGCCUUGAACAGACGAGUAUGGAUGAGCUGAGUGUCACACUAGACUAUCUUCUAAGUAUACCAAGUGAGAAGUGUAAAGCUCGAGGAUUCACUGUGAUAGUGGAUGGCAGAAAAUCUCAGUGGAAUGUGGUCAAGACGGUUGUGUUAAUGCUCCAGAAUGUUGUUCCAGCUGAGGUGUCACUUGUUUGUGUGGUAAAGCCAGAUGAAUUUUGGGAUAAGAAGGUUACACAUUUCUGCUUUUGGAAAGAGAAAGAUAGACUUGGCUUUGAGGUUAUUUUAGUAUCUGCUAACAAGCUGACGAGAUACAUAGAACCAUGCCAACUAACAGAAGAUUUUGGAGGAACUCUCACCUAUGAUCACAUGGAUUGGCUGAAUAAGAGGCUGGUAUUUGAAAAGUUCACGAAAGAAUCAACAUCUUUACUGGAUGAGCUUGCUCUAAUUAACAAUGGAAGUGAUAAAGGAACUCAACAAGAGAGAGAGAGAUCAAUAGAUUUGAACUUCCUUCCAUCAGUUGAUCCUGAGACGGUAUUGCAGACAGGUCACGAGUUGCUGUCGGAGUUACAGCAGCGUCGGUUCAAUGGCUCUGACGGAGGGGUGUCCUGGUCCCCGAUGGAUGAUGAGCUGCUGGCUCAGCCACAGGUCAUGAAGCUGCUGGACUCGCUCAGGGAGCAGUACACUCGCUACCAGGAGGUUUGUAGGCAGCGAAGCAAGCGCACACAGCUCGAGGAGAUUCAGCAGAAGGUAAUGCAGGUAGUCAAUUGGCUUGAAGGACCUGGAUCAGAACAACUAAGAACCCAGUGGGGAAUAGGAGAUUCCAUUAGAGCUUCACAAGCUUUGCAACAGAAACAUGAAGAGAUUGAGAGUCAGCACAGUGAGUGGUUUGCUGUUUAUGUUGAGCUUAAUCAGCAGAUAGCAGCUCUUCUAAAUGCAGGGGAUGAGGAGGACCUUGUGGAAUUGAAAGCAUUGCAGCAACAGCUGAGUGAUGUGUGUUACAGGCAGGCCAGUCAGCUGGAAUUCAGGCAGAACCUAUUACAAGCAGCACUUGAAUUCCACAGUGUUGCCCAGGAUUUGUCUCAGCAGUUGGAUGGUUUACUAGGAAUGUUGUGUGUGGAUGUAGCACCAGCAGAUGGAGCAUCAAUUCAACAAACAUUGAAACUACUGGAAGAGAAAUUGAAAAGUGUUGACUUAGGCUUGCAAGGCUUGCGUGAGAAAGGUCAAAGUCUUCUUGAUCAGAUAUCUAACCAGGCAUCAUGGGCUUAUGGAAAAGAUGUGACCAUUGAAAACAAAGAAAAUGUGGACCAUAUCCAAGGAGUGAUGGAAGAUAUGCAGCUAAGAAAACAAAGGUGUGAGGAUAUGGUGGAUGUGCGGCGGCUGAAGAUGCUUCAGAUGGUGCAGUUGUUUAAAUGCGAAGAGGAUGCUGCUCAGGCAGUAGAAUGGUUAAGUGAACUGUUGGAUGCUCUGCUGAAGACACACAUCCGACUGGGAGAUGAUGCUCAAGAAACAAAAGUUUUACUGGAGAAACAUCGAAAAUUUGUUGAUGUUGCACAGAGUACUUAUGAUUAUGGGAGACAGUUACUGCAAGCAACAGUGGUCCUGUGCCAGUCCUUGCGAUGCACUUCAAGGUCCUCAGGGGACACACUUCCCAGACUGAACAGAGUGUGGAAACAGUUUACAGUGACUUCUGAAGAAAGAGUACACCGCUUGGAAACAGCUGUUGCAUUUCAUUCAACUGCUGAAAAGAUUUUACAGGAAUGUCCAGACCAACCUGAAGCUUUCAAUGAAAUGGAUCAAUUUGAUGAAAUUGAGGCAGUUGGGAAAUCACUGUUGGACAGACUAACAGUGCCUGUAGUUUAUCCUGAUGGGUCUGAGCAGUACUUUGGGAGCCCAAGUGAUAUGGCUUCUGCAGCAGAGCACAUUAGAGAGAAGAUGAAGUUAGUUAGCCUGAAAAAGCAGCAGCUGAGACAACCAGAAGCCACUACCCCAGAGAGCUAAUACUGACCUUGUCUAUGAAUUCAUAACAGGACUUCAGUUUGUAAUCCAGCAUGUUGUUUGCAUAUUACAGAAUUUGGUAUAAUAUAUUAAAAUGCAUUUCACAGCUAUUACGAGUCUCAUUUUUUUUCAAAGUAAAUGUUCUCAGCAUCUUAAUACUGUACAUCUAUCAAGCCAUAAUUAUUUAACAUGCUAUGAAACCAUAGACUCCAAGUAUCUUAUGAAAAGGAACUGUAAACUUUGCACUGAAAUUUGCUGUAAAGCUUUACCUGACCUGUCAGCUGCUUCUUAGUUAGACAGCUGAUGCAAGCUUUGAGUGGUGCUAAUUAAAGUGUUAGAAGUUCCAUAUUAUGAAACUAGUUCUUUGCUUCCCCCAUGCCCAGGUGAUGUAGUAAUUUUAGACUGUAAGGAAAGUAGCUGCAGUGUAGACUGUGGUAACCCUGUAAUUUUAAUUUGAAAUACUUUUAAAAAAAAUCAUUUUUAUUGUGCCAGUAUGCAACUUGCCCAUCAGAUCUUUGAUAUAUCAAAUUCAUUAAACAGAUGUUUUCCUAUUUGUAUUGAUAAUGUAUUAAAAGCUGUUUGUGCUUAAUAAAAAUCAUCUUUUUAAAAUCUAAGAUAAAUUUGUUCUGUCUGUAUUUCCAAAUAUUGUUUAUGUUACAUUUUUAUGCUAAAUGGUAAUAAGAAUAAUUACUCCCCCAAUAUAUUUAGAAAGUCUGUAUAAUUUUUCUUACUAAAUGCAUUGUAGCUCUUGAACUAUUAUUGAUGGGUGUGAAAGUCCAGGCUAUUUUUUCCUUUCUUUCUGACAGCAGUACUUGCACAAAAGUAAGAUGGUAUUUGCAUAAGUUAGUGUUAUAUUAAUCAUAGUUUUGUUCCCUUGUAAGACUG